AUGAAAAAGGAAGAUUUUAUAAAGAUAGAGGAUUCUUGGUUAUGUCCUGUUUGUGUUGUGUCAUCUGGUGGCAGUGCGGUAGAUAGGCAAGUGGCCGCUGCCUUAACGGCGGUAGAUAAGCCCGGUGUCGAGAUAACGCCUAAUAUUGAACUUGUCGAUAUACUAAAUGAAAUGAAAUCAUUCAGGCUGGAGAUUAAGGAAACUAAUAAGGAAUUUAGAAAUCAGUUAGAAAACUAUUCCGAGUGGAUUGUAGAUAAUGGUAAAAAAAUUGAGGAGGUUGGAAAUAAAAUUGAGAAGGCAAUUGAGGACAUAGGGUUUCUUCGUCAGGAAAACGCUAAUUUAAAGAAGAUAGUUAAUGAUCUUUCCAGUAAAGUAAAUGCAUUGGAACAGUCGAGCAAGGACAAUGUUGUUGAGAUUAGUGGGGUACCUCACAAAGAGAAGGAUGAUAUUUUGAAUAUCAUCGGUAAGAUAUCGGAUGCAAUCGGCUUUCUUUUUAAGGAGGAUAGUGUUGACAAUUGCUAUCGAUACAAAUCAAUUGAUGGGUCAAGACCUGGAAUUAUUGUUGUCCGUUUCGUCCGAAAACUGGACAAAGAAGCAUUUAUGAACAAGAGGCGUGUGAAGAAGAAUCUAAACUCGAGAGACAUUGGUUUCAUGGAUGGAGACGCAUCGGUGAUUUAUUUCAAUGAGAGUUUGACGCAGGAGAUAAGAAAACUACUGAAUAUGGCUCGUGCUAUUAAGAGAGAAAAACAGUAUACAUAUUUGUGGGUAAGGAACGGACGCAUUUUCAUGAGGAAAAAUCAAGGUGACCGUUUUGUUACAAUUAACAGCAUUGAGGAUUUCAACAAAUUGGCCUGA